AUGCAAGCAAAUAAUUCUCCCUUGCAGUCCGUGAAUUUGCUUCUCCUUCAUCAAGUCGAUCUUGAAGUCAUAGCUGCAGAAAUCGAAGCCUACUUUAAGGCAGAAGAUGAAAGGAAGAGAAAAGGUUCCCAGAAAUUAAGGUUUAAAAAGGCAGCAUCCCUCUAUAAAAUACCCCAAAACUCUAACGAAAAGUUGCAAAAAGUUGGAUCGCAUAGAGUGGACUUCAAUCCAAAACUAAAGUACAAAAGAAAGAAGUCACAUAGAAAGAACAAUGAAAUUAUCGAAAAAAUUGAUGACAGUUCCGAGAAAUUGUUUGAAUCUUGGAUUGAUUUGCAGAAUGAAAAUGAGUUUCAAGAUGAUUGGUCAAAUAUAGAAAAUAUUGGAAACGAUAUGUUAGAGUAUGGAUUUUUUGGCUUGGAAGAUUUCAUGAAAGAAAAUAUAGACUAA